AUGCUGCGCGUUACCCACUUUAUCCGGAAGAAUCCGGUGGUGUUCAAGCAGGGACAGGGUAUGUUCUCACACCAGCUCAAGCGCAUUCUCAAUAAGAAGUCCCUGCACAAGUACAACUGGGAUCCGUUGCCCAUGUACGACCCUCGUAAGCUUGUGCACGCCAACCGCUACAUUGACCACGAUACCUACGAGGAAAAGUACGAUCCGCACUGGGAGCGCAAUGCCCAUCUCGUGCCAGACCAGCAGCUCUACCACAUUCCUGUCCCCAAGGAGUACAGGGAUGCGUACUGGUGGCGUGACUUACAGGCCCGCCGCAUUCAGUGCCCGAUCGAGUGGGUGCACUUUCGCAUGCAUACAAAGGACAAGCUCAAGUACGACUUCCAAGACCUGGCCGUCCGCAAAAAGUUCGAGUACUCCUAUGAGGAUGUGGUGGCAAACGCAAAAGACAUGCGCAGCUGA